AUGGGCCCCGCGCCGCCCAACAGCCAGAUGGCUCCUCUGCCUACGGACCUCCCCUUCCGGCUCGUCAGUAAGACGAUUGGGCAAGGCGCAUACGCUUCCAUCCGCAAAGCCGUCCCACACAACUCGCCCAAGCCCGUCAUCGCCAUCAAGUUCAUCAACAAAGAACAUGCCCUACGAACCGGCCGCCUCACGCCGAAACAAAUAAAGAUGGAGAUUGUAUUGCACUCGCAUCUCGGGAAGCACCAUAAUAUCAUACACUGCCUGGGCUCUGGAGAGGAUGCGCUGUGGACAUGGAUUGCCAUGGAGUUGGCUGAAGGCGGGGACUUGUUCGAUAAGAUUGAGGCAGACGAGGGCGUGGGCGAGGAUAUUGCGCACUUCUACUUCACCCAAUUGGUGAAUGCUGUGACAUACAUGCACAGUAAGGGCGUCGCGCAUCGCGACAUCAAACCUGAGAACGUGCUAUUGAGCGCCGAGGGAGACCUCAAACUCUCUGACUUUGGAUUGGCAGCACUCUUCAAGAAGGACGGGCAACUACGACUAUGCAAUACCGUCUGUGGCUCGCCGCCCUACAUUGCGCCGGAGAUUGUAUCAGGAAGGCGAAGCAAGAGAGCUGAUAUGCUAGACAGUGGCUAUGCAGCGAAUAUUUGCGACAUCUGGAGUUGUGGUAUUGUUCUCUUCGUUCUCCUGGUUGGCAAUACACCUUGGGACGAGCCGACCAAGCGUUCGGCCGAAUUCAAGGAAUACGUCGAAACCGGAGGGCAUACUACCGAUGAGCUCUGGAGCAAAAUCCCUCCAGAACUCACCAGUCUGUUACGUGGUAUGCUGAAAGUCGACCCUAAAGAACGCUUUACCCUCGAUGAAGUACGCACACACCCCUGGUGUACACGCAAGAACCCAUACUUGACAGCGAGUGGACGCAAUGCGAAUCCAGUGGGACUGGCGACACAGAUGUUAUCGCAAUUACGCAUCGAUUUCUCAAGACCGCCGACGCAAUCCCAACGUGGAUGUUCGCAAGAUGUAAAUGAAGAUGGGGAUGCGAUGGACAUCGACACUGAUUCAGAUCCUCGUCGCUCAAGCGCUGUACAUUUCCUUUCUGCAACGCAACCCGAGACUCCAUCUGCGGAAACACCUUUCGACUGGGAGCGACCUCCACGUAUCGCCUCUUACGACGGAAUUUCCGCAUCGCAACCUGUCUCGAUACCCGACAACCGUCCUAUCAAUACGAGCUCGACGCCUUAUCUCUCACAACUUCCUUCUUCAACACAAGAUAUGCUCUCUCAAGACCCCUCUAUGACACAAUUCAGCUCCACCCCUGGCGUCCCUCUGACUUUUACUCAAGCAGCCAGGAAGUUCGCCGACAUCCUUCCUUCCUAUUCUCUGGCACGUUUCAUCUCUCCCCAUACUCUCGGCCUUCUUAUGCCACUUCUCCUUACCGCUUUGCAUCGGCUGGGUGUCCCUGCGCCAUCCUUCAGUGAAGCGCAGAUCGAGGAAGCAGAGAAAGCAGGGACAGCUAGUAUACGCGUGAAGAUGGCAGAUGGGCGGAGACAAGGCUUGAAUGGCCAUAUUGUCAUCGAGCAAGCAAUAUAUGAAGGGAGUGCGUAUUGGGAGGUGAGGUUCGUUAAAGCGAGUGGAGAUCCGUUGGAGUGGAGGAGGUUUUUCAAGAACAUGGUGCUUUGCGUGGGUGAUGUGGUAUUGCGGCCCAAUUAG